GGCGGCAGUGGGGACGUCAGGGACUGCAUCAACGGUAUGGCGCGGUCCGACGACAUCGACGGUCAUCGCGACGGCUUGUUAUAUUCGAGUGGGGGGACCAUGACGGGGGGUGUAGGGACCAGCGGUGCGGGGGGGUCUGGGGGUGCCAAGUUCAACCGGCUGUCUGAGAGGGACAUGGCGAAGUUGAGGCGGGGGAACUUGGUUUGGAGCUUCGUCACCGCGGGCCAGUACGUCGAGGACCAGUCGAAGAUGCAUGGGGACCGAAAGUUGUGUUGCAACUUAUGCGGCCACUUGUUUCAGGGAGGGGCGUCGAAGGCCGCGCGCCAUUUCAUGCAGUCGAAGUACUGCAAGGCUGGGGGGAUGAGAGUUCUCGCGGAACUCUGGAACGGCACGGACUACACAUUCGUGCCGUCCACUCCUCAGCGGGUGCAGAGGUGGAUGGCGGACGAGGGGAUACAGGAGACGAGAGCGCCCGCGGGUGGCCAGCGACAGCAGAUGGACGACGGAGAGAGGGACGAGAUUCAGGAUGCCCUUGAUGAGGAGGAGGGCCGUGAGGGGGAGGAGGUGGUGAUGACGUCGAGAGGCAUCGGUCGAGCGGGUCCCGCUCCUAGGGCGCUGCGACCUGAGUUGGAGCGCGCGAGGAGGGAGAAGAGGCCAGUGGGGGAGGCUGACGUCGAGGUGCGAGACAUGGGCAAGGAGAAGAGGGCUCAGCAGACGACGAUUGAUGAGAUGUACGACAAGGAGAAGUUGGCCGAGUUCAUAGACGCAUGGCUGCAGUGGAUCUACGUGAAGGGGUUGCCAUUCAACGCCUUUCGUGGUCCGGAGUUCGUCAGGGUGCGGCAGGCGGCAGAGAGAGUGCCUCGCACUAUCCAGUUUCGGUUUCCCUCCUACAGGGUUACAACGGGCGCUGGGAUCCCUUCGCAGAGGGCGAAGGUGGCGACGAUAGUGAGCGAGGUGCGCGCCGCUUUCCAGCACACCGGUGCCACCAUCCUCUCCGACGGGAGGAAGUCGCGCAGCGGCAAGCCGCUCGUGAACUUCCUCGUCGGGGGCGCCAAUGGCGCCCUGCUAUACGCCACCGUCGCACGUGACGGGUUGGUCCGAGAUACAGCGGACAUCGUGUACCGUAGGUGGUGGGCCAUCAUCUUGUCCUUUCCUGCAAAGGACGUGAUCGGCUUCUGCACAGACUCCGCCAGUAACUAUACGGCGGCAGCGCGCAGAUUCGCCACGGACCCGGAUCCUGACAUUAGGAGGAUCACUUGGCUCCCCUGCUCCACCCAUGUCUGCAACUUGAUGUUGUCAGAUAUCGGGACGCGAGUGGGGUGGGUCAAGGACACCAUCAUCCGCGCUCGAGCGCUUGUGCAAUUUAUUAAAUCGCACGACGCUGCUCACGCCCUGUUUAGGAAGGUGAGCCCUCUCGUUCAGCUCGUUGAGCCCGUUGAGACACGGUUCGCAUCGGUUUUCCUGAUGCUGAUGUGUCUCAAAGGCCGACGAGACGCGUUGGAGAGCAUGUUGCACGGGGAUGCUUGGGUACGCAUCCCGUGGGAGCGCAGGCUUGUGUCGCAGGCGCAGUGGGUGCAGCAGCAGAUCCGGGACAAGGAGUUUGGGCGGUGUGUCGACUACGCCAUCCUUGUCAUGGCGCCAGUCCACCAGCUGUUGCGCAGGAUGGAUAGGGGGGGGAUGAUGAUGUCCGUCGUUUACGAGUGGAGUCAGCAUGUGCUGCGAUUGAUGAGGAGGGUUGACGUGCCGGCGGACAUGAUCGAGCCGUGUGUGUGUGAGGUUGCCAUCCGCAACCUCCACAUGCUAGAGCCCACACAUGCCGUGGCCCACCUCCUCAACCCUCGUCGACGGUCCCUCACGUAUUAUGAGUCGUUACAGACGACCGCCGACGACGCCCGUGUGGUCGAGGAGUGCGACAGAUUUCUCCUGGCGCAGACCGGAGGCGAUUUGGUCGGCAGACUGUACAGGACCGUGAGGGACCAGAUGAGGCACUUCCACUCGAGGCGAGGAGAUUGGGGAGAUCGGUCCCUCUCCGAUGCCGAGGCGGACGAUUGCAGGGGGGACCGCGAGACCAAGCGUUGUGUGGCGUGGUGGUUUGACAAUGGACGUGCCCACCCGGACUUGCGCACCAUCGCCGUCCAUGUCAUGCACUUGUGGACGUCAGCCUCUCCAGCGGAGAGGAACUGGGCUCAGCACGACCGCAUCAACACGACGAGGCGCGUCAAGCUUGGGUUCGCCAAGCUUGCACAACUGGUUGAGAUUGCCACCAAUCUUAAACUGGCCUCGUGCGCACGGCAGGGUGGUAGGUACGUGUUGCCAUGGGUUAUGGGGACUGGUCGGGAGGGGACGGUUGCAGAGGACGAGGAUGAGGAGGGCGACGUGGAGCCCGAGGUGUGGGGAGCGCGACCUGCUGGCAGUGUUCCCGACCAGGACAUCCAGCAGCAGAUUGUCGCUCUCCAUGACAGCCGACCGUCCAGAGCCCAUUCGGUUCAGGACGUGUUCGGCAAGAGGGUGAUGGAACUGCGACCGUGAUUGGAGGGUGGGGAUGAUGCGGACGCCGAUGUGGGAGACGA